AAAGUCAUUAAACUAUAUUCAACACGCUUUUUAAAUUUCUGAAGGGAAAAGCGUUAACGGUGACAAGAACAGAUGAUAGUUCUCCCUCUUCGUCUCGAACCAAACGAGCGCAUUCUGUUUUUUCUUCACAACACAAAAGGACUAGGGUUUAGCGGACGAUAAUAGAAGAAACCCCAUUUAGUUUUUUGAACUCAGAAACGCGUAAUUUAAGUGGCAGAUGGAGGAUAACAAAGAGGCAGUUCAAGAUACAGGCGGUGGUUGUGGCGCUGCUGAGGCUGUUCCGGAUAAUCUGCAGACUGUACACGUUGAAGACAAAGAAUCUCAUGAAUUCAAGGAUAUGGAACUCGAAAACAAAAUAGAGCACGCAAUCGGAGAAAAAUAUGUUGAAAGUGCUCCUCAGGACCCCGAAUGUUUGCCUACCGUCGCUAAUUCUCUAAUUUUGGGCAACAAUAAGAUUUUCCAGGUUGAGAAAAUUCAUCCCCUGAUCAAUGCCAAUGCCAAAGAAUCAUGUCCCGCAUCUGUUGCAGCGGCACAAGUAGAAGAUGAGAAGUGCGAAGACAAAUUGAACACUGAGGUGCCAGAGGUGAUGUCCUCUGCGGAUAAUGGAUCACGGGAGGAGGAAUUAGAAAAUGAUUCCACCCAUGUAGAAGAUGUACAGAAGGAAGAGGGAAUAGAAGACAGUUUAAAAGGGGCGGAGGUUGUGGCUAAGAACGGGAAAGAGAAACCAAAUGCUGCCUUCACAGAAACAGAGGUACAUGCGGCACAAGAGAUUAAUGAGUUGAAGAACGAGCCUGAUUUCAAAACCCCCUUUAAAACUUUCCUAUUAGAUGGAAAUGAUGUUACAGGGGAUGAAUCCGGUACCGAGGAGGAGCAAGCUGCUUUUAUGAAGGAGCUUGAAACCUUCCACAGAGAAAGAUGCUUGGACUUCAAGCCUCCAAAAUUUUAUCAAGAGCCGUUAAACUGCCUCAAGUUGUGGAGAGCAGUGAUCAGACUUGGCGGUUAUGAACAGGUGACUUCAUUGAAGCUGUGGCGACAAGUAGGAGAAUCCUUCAGACCCCCAAAGACCUGUACCACUGUCUCAUGGACAUUUCGAGGAUUUUAUGAGAAGGCACUGUUGGAAUAUGAGAAGUAUAAAAUGCGCAGCGGGGAGCUACCUUUCACUGAUGUUUCUUUGUCAGAUCCUGCUUCUGGGAAUCAGGUUGAUCUUAUUCAUGCUUCAGGAUCGGGUAGAGCAAGAAGAGAUGCUGCUGCUCGUGCGAUGCAGGGAUGGCACUCUCAACGUCUUCUCGGUAAUGGUGAGGUUGGAGAUCCCAUCAUUAAGGAUAAAAACCCAAUUGCAACACCGAAGCGUGAAAAGCAACUAAGAAACAUUGGCUUCAUGAAGCGCAAGGGAUCAGCUCCUGUUGAGCAUGCUGUGAAAGUUUCACGCGUGGCAUCAAAAUCGCAGGUUUUGGAUCGAUUGGAGAUAAUGGUUGUGGAUGUUGGCAUCCCUGCUGAUUGGGUGAAGGUUAAUGUGCAGCAAAUGAAAGACUGCUAUGAAGUGUAUGCAUUAGUUCCUGGGCUUUUGCGCGAGGAGGUGCGUGUACAGUCAGAUCCUGCAGGGCGUUUGGUUAUAUCUGGGCAACCGGAGCAGCAGGAUAAUCCUUGGGGUGUCACUCCGUUCAAAAAGGUGGUUAGCUUACCUACUAGAAUCGAUCCUCAUCAGACCUCGGCUGUGGUUACCCUUCACGGGCAGCUAUUUGUGCGUGUACCAUUUGAGCAAUCAGAAAUGUAGAAGGGUAGUUUUCUUUCUAGCAUAGGGAUCCCCACAUGCACUGUAAGAGUUUUUUUUAUAUUAGUUGAAAAUAUGACCAUUUUAGCUAUUAACAUUUUCAUCGCUAUAUAUCAGUGUUAUAUGACCAUUUC